AAUCAGUCAAUCCCCGUUUUACUUCUAUAGGACAAUAGCUGUGUAUAUGGUUUCAAAACGUUUUACUUUGCUUGCUAAACCAAAGAAAUUACGGAACAAUGGCGAACAGGCUGUAAAAGAAUGUAGUCUAAAGCAGUCUUAAAGGGACAGGAGCUUUCAAUACACAGUAAGGCAUGUCAUAAAGGCGAUACCGCUUUAAAAAUCAGCAUGACAGUUCCUGUAGUGAAAAUGUGCGUUUCUUUUCGGGGUUUGUAGGUUCUCGCAGUCCGCUACCGACCUUUGCUUCUCCUCCCCGGGGCGGGUAGGCAGAUCCGAUCUCCCUUGUGCCAAUUGGCUGUUUUCAUCGCCUCAGUUUGCCGCUGCUUCCACUGCACACGUCCACCACCUCUCCGUGCACUUAUGUGGCCUGAGCGUGCGCGCUGCUACUGGAGCCCAAAGUCCCCAGUCCGAGACACUUUCUCUUAUCGAAAUGUUUGAAGAUUAACGAGCUUGGCAGCACCGUGCACAGACCGGACCAGACCACAGGCCAGAGGCCAGAACAGGGCACACUACGGCGGCUGGACAUUGUUGGUGGUGCAUCAGAUCGUCGGGUGGACAGAGCCAUGGCAGAGAAGAGGAUCUCACGGUGGUACUUCGGAGGGCUGGCUUCUUGUGGAGCCGCAUGUUGCACGCACCCGCUGGAUCUAAUCAAGGUGCACCUGCAGACCCAACAGGAGGUGAAGAAAAGGAUGUUGGGGAUGGCCGUCCAUGUGGUCAGAAAUGAUGGUGUACUGGCGCUGUACAAUGGGCUCUCUGCUUCUCUUUGCAGACAGAUGUCAUACUCACUGACCAGAUUCGCCAUCUAUGAGACAGUUCGGGACGUGAUGGGCAAUACAAAUAAAGGCCCCAUGCCAUUUUACCAGAAGGUCCUGCUAGGGGCUUUUGGAGGUUUUACUGGUGGCUUUAUAGGCACUCCUUCAGAUAUGGUGAAUGUCAGGAUGCAGAAUGACAUGAAACUAGCUCCAGAACUGAGGAGAAAUUAUAAACACGCCAUUGAUGGUCUUGUGAGAGUCUUCAGAGAGGAGGGAUUAAAAAAACUGUUUUCCGGAGCCACAAUGGCAUCCAGUCGAGGAGCUAUGGUCACUGUGGGACAGCUAGCGUGUUAUGACCAGGCUAAACAGCUGGUUCUGGGCACUGGACUGAUGGGAGACAACAUCCUCACGCAUUUCCUCUCCAGUUUCAUUGCUGGUGGCUGUGCUACCUUCUUGUGUCAACCUUUAGACGUAGUGAAGACGAGGCUCAUGAACUCAAAGGGAGAGUACACGGGAGUAAUUCAUUGCUUACGAGAAACUGCUAAGCUGGGUCCUUUGGCAUUUUAUAAGGGUCUUGUUCCUGCCGGGAUCCGUCUGAUUCCUCACACAGUGCUCACCUUCAUCUUCCUGGAGCAACUAAAGAACCACUUUGGCAUUCGGAUCAUUUCCUAAAGAAACGGCAUCCAUCUAACAUCGCAUUAGACACAGGGAUAGAAAGAUAUGUACUUACCUCCUUCUUCUCUACCUCUAACUCACUACUAAUGCAAAAAAUGUGAGAUUAUUAACUAAGAUCAGUUUUUAAAAUGUAAAUAAUCAAAUGCCUUGCUUGACAUGAGACAAAAUGAGACAUGAGAUAUGUUUAGUUAAAUCUUUGUAGAGGUCCAGUUAAAUUUCAUACUUCAAAGCAUAUUUGCAGAUAGGAUCGUACCACAUUAUAAAAAGUAUUAGACUAUUAAUAAUUGUUUUUAGUGAUUUACAAAAUGACUGCUGAUGUUUAGUUAUUUACUAUAUCCAAGGUAUGAAUGAAAUGAAAAGUUAAAAAUGACAAAUUUAGAGCAUAAUAUUUUUCUCUUAACAGAAUUGUAUUUAAUGUCCAGAUAUUAGUUUAAUAAAAUGUUACUAUAUGAUUGAACACCAUAAAAAUAUUGAGAUUCAUUUAGAUUUGAAUGCUACACUUGCCAACAAGUAAAUUGACAUAAAUUUAAAGUAUGUUGCAGUCUUAAUUGAGAAAUAUAAGAAUCCAUUAUUAUUAUUAAUAAUAUUAUUCAAUUUCAAUUAAAUUGAUAUUGAUAUGGAUAUUGUUUCCCAAUUACAAUGAAUACUGUGAUAUUGUUUAAAUAACAUUUUUAUGUUCUUUUUUCCAUUGAUGUUAUGCAAUUUACAAUGGACCUAAAGCCUUCUCUGAUAGUGUAUUGGGCCUUACUCUUAGAACAAAAACAAGCCAUUAUUUAUGAAUACUGAGUCAUCAUUUCCAUCAAAGUGUUCAUAUUUCUUACUGUUGCCCAAAUGGACUAGAAAUUGACUACGCUUAAAAUGUAUGUUAAAACCAUUUAUGGAAAAGGACCAAACCAAAAUGCUGAAUGUAUAAUGCCUUAUAGACUACAAAACGGUACAUUCUCCACAUCUCUGUAUUUGUGUCUAGGGAAUACAUGUCUGAAUGCAAUGAUGUUUAGCUCAACGAGGCACUUUAAUGAAAUCCUGAACCUUAAAUUGAGAACGCGAGUUAAAACCAGGAGUUAUAAUGAAAAAUGUGAACAAUACACUGGAGGGCAAGGGUUUAACAGGCUUAAUUUUUAAUGUUACAUGAGCACAUUUUUAGGCUCAUGACUUUUUUUAGUCUUGUAUACCCUGAUCCUUGUGCAUUUGCAAUAUUUUCUUUUUGUUGCUUUUUCAAUUUUGUCCAAAAGAGGGCGGUGUUGUAACAAUCUCCUGUCUAGAGAUAGCGUAAAUCUCUCUUGUCAUCUCAGUCUGACUUGUUUGUCAUUGUCCAACCUGUUGUUGUUUUUUUUCUGUUUAUAAUUCAUUAAUUAAUUUUAAUUAAACUACUAAUGCAAAAAGA